AUGGCAGCCAGCAGCACUGCAGUUACUGUAUUAACUCCAAAUGGAAGAAGACAAACUGUAAAAGUCUUCCCGAAUACACCGUUACUUCAGGUCCUUGAGGACGUUUGCAAGAAGCAUGGAUUUAAUCCUGAUGACCACGGACUGAAGUUCCAGAGGAAUGUGCUGGAUUUAACUCUGCAGUGGAGGUUUGCAAGCCUACCCAACAAUGCCAAGCUUGAAGUGGUUCCAAGUACCCGACAAAAGGCAGCAACAGAGGGCACAGUCCGGGUCGCACUGCAGUUGGAGGAUGGCUCUCGUCUCCAGGGGUCUUUCUCUAGUGGUCAGAGUUUGUGGGAGCUGCUCAAUCACUUUCCCCAAACCAGACUGGCUGACUCAGAAACAUCAGGAUCCACACCAGUUUGUGUGUAUAUGAGAGAUGAGAUAAAUGGGGAGGAAGCUGUGAAGAAAACCACACUCAAGUCUUUGGGUCUGACUGGAGGAAGUGCCAUCAUCAGAUAUGUUCUGAAAAAGAGUAAAACUGAGGAGAAUGAGCCUAUGGAGACGGCUGCCAUGGCGACGCAUGCCGUCACGAUGGCAUCCACAUCGGUCCUGUCUCCUGCUUCCAAGCCUCCUCUGCAGACUGGAGGAAGGGCUAGUGCUGAAAGUGCAACGAGCUUAGAUAUGCAAACAGAGUCAGAAACCGCCAUUGGUUCAGAGCAGGUUCUCAAGCCAGCCUCCCAAAGCCAAACACCCCCUCCCAAACAGGAAGAAGUUAAGGUGACCCCAGAUCCUCAGCAAGCUGUAAGGCCCAAAAGCAGGAUGGUAGGUAACCAGGGGCAACCGGAGCCAAAAGCAGAACCACAGGUGGAUGAAGAGAAACCUGGUCCCUCCAGAGAGUGCCACGCCCAUUCUCAGACGGCCGUACCGAGCAACUUUGUACCCUUCUCAGGGGGUGGCCAACGCCUGGGCGGCCCUAGCGCAGGUGGCAAUAGGGAUGUAUCAUCAUUAUUUUCAUCAUCUUCAUCCCAGUCCAGUGGCUCACCCAAAGCCAAGAAAGCCAAACCCAGCCAAGACGUCAAGAACUCAGCUCGUGCCAAACAGGGAUCAUGUGACACAGAAGAGAGAGAAGAACAUCUGGAGCCUGUGGACAGGGAAGCACUUGUUUACCAUUUGGACUCUGGCGUCCGUCGCCAUAGCAAUGAUGAGGAGCUGCCAGAUGAGUUCUUCGAAGUUACAGUGGAUGAUGUGAGGAAGCGCUUUGCCCAGCUGAAGAGCGAGAGGAGGAUGCUAGAGGAGACUCCUCUGAUGACUAAGGCUCUUAGAGAGUCACAGAUGAAAGAGAAGAUGGACAGGUAUCCUAAGGUGGUACUCAGAGUCCAGUUCCCAGACAGACAUGUUUUACAAGGGUUUUUCAGACCACUGGAGACAGUCGGCGUUUUGAAGGAGUUUGUGCGGAAACACCUAGAAGAUCCUCAGCUCCGCUUCUAUUUGUUCAUUGCCCCCCCUAAGACAAUACUUGAUGAUUCCACUGCUACUCUUUUCCAGGCCAAACUCUUCCCUGCUGCUCUCGUGUACUUUGGCUCCGACGUGACGACAGAGUGCUACUUGCGGAGGGAACUGUUGGACAGCAGUGUGUCUGCCCUUCAAGCCGAUGAACUCAUUGCCGGCUGCAUGCCCAGGUCUCCUGCUCCCAGCUCCACACAGCUGUCUGAGGAGACUGCUCCACUGUAUGAAGAGUCCAGCGCAGCAGCUGGUCAACAGAGGUCAGCAGAGGAUGAAUUUGACACACAUGAUCAGGCUGCUCCAAAACCGGUUCGGACCGACCCUGGCAAGGUGCCCAAAUGGCUAAAACUACCAGGUAAAAAAUAAAGCCAAGCCCGGUGUGAAUUUAGGAAGAAGGCCAAUUAAGAGGGUUUCCAUAGUAACACAGCCCUCUGGUCUCUGACAUUUCUCUACUCUGACACUGAUGUGCCA